CAGAGAGGACCACCCCAAAAGCAGGGUGGCGCGGCUCUGCCGCCUCUCCCAGCAGGCACCAUGAAGCGUGGAACUUUGGGAAAACCAGGUCAAGUAUCUGUCAAUUACCUCGACGUUAACUUGGACAAAAUGCCAGCUGUGGCCUACCACUACGAUGUGAAGAUCACGCCAGAGCGUCCUAAGAAGUUCUAUCGUCAGGCUUUUGAUCAGUACAGAGUUGAACACUUGGGCGGUGCGAUUGCCGCAUUUGAUGGACGUGCAUCGGCCUACUCAGCUGUGAAGCUAAAAUGCAGCUCCCAGGGCCAAGAAGUGAAAAUAUUAGAUCGCCACGGCCGUACUCUGACUUAUACUCUGGAACUCAAGGAGACAUACUCUGCUUGCAUGUUGGGCCGCCGUUGAAAAACAUUUAUUUGCCUAUCGAACUAUGUCGCAUUGAGGAUGGGCAGGCCCUGAAUCGCAAGGAUGGAGCUAAUCAGGUGGCGGCCAUGAUUAAGUAUGCUGCCACUUCCACCAACGAGAGGAAGGCCAAGAUCAUCCACUUGCUCGAAUAUUUCAAACACAACUUAGAUCCGACCAUCAGCCACUUUGGCAUUCGCUUGGAAAACGACUUCAUUGUGGUGAAUACACGCACCCUCAAUGCGCCUCAGGUUGAGUAUAAGAAUAACAAUUUGGCUUCAGUGAGGAACGGUUCGUGGCGCAUGGAUCGCAUGCAAUUCUAUGACCCCAAGCCAAAGCUACAUAAAUGGGCUAUACUCUACGGUAAGAUUCACUACAUGAGUGUGGUCGAUUUUCAGCGCAUGGUAAGUUGUGCACGGCUGGAAGCAGAAUUUCACUCAGAUCCUGACUAAUUUUCUUUGCAGAUA